UUUUAUGUGAUUCGAACUGUUGCCGCGUGCGGGUCGUAUCGUCUGUUCUUGUCGAGUAUUUUUUAUUACUGCUAAGCUUGCCCGCGUUUGCCAAGAAUUACCCCACACUCGAAUGUUUCGCACGUGUACUACUACAUGGGGUAAGUGCAAUAAAUAAUUGCAAUACAUUACAUAGGCACAAGCCCAGCAGCCCUCACUCAUCGGUUAGUGUUUAGUUUUCCGCGUCGCCGUUCGUAAGCUUUAUUACAGUGCAGUGCGUGGUGUCGUAAUACAUAUUGGCAGCUGGUGUACGCGUACAUUUUGGCCAAAGUUCUAACCACCGGGUCUAUUUUUAAUAUCGUUAGUAACACGAUCUGUCAUCGGUUUAUUUUCAUCGCCCUUUCGACAACCAACGAUUACGCGGUCUCAAGUCACGGUUCGAUUGAACGCCAAGCAAAGCUCUACGGACGGAAUGGUUUUCACACUUUACAACACUUCGUCCUAUUUACCGCUAGACAACGACCAGAGAGUGGCAUUUUACAAAAACGAGAACUUACUGUUCCCACCACUACCACCGCCAUCAGCGGCAUCCGUUGUCUGCAGACGUAGUAACAGCCCAGCAAUGCCCGUAACUGCCAACACUGGGAGUAUCUCCCCGCUCGGAGUAGUCUCCGCCAGUGAGUCGGUAGACUUCCGCCCAGUGGUCCAUCUGAGCUCCAACGGUUAUUACGGUUACGUACCGGUCGUCUCAAUGCCGAAAGUGAUGUCAACAGGAACAACGAACAAUCAUGCUGUCAUCAGCAGCACCGCCAAUGGUGUUGGUGUGAGUGUCUUAUUGGAUUCCCCUUCGGCGACGACCGCAGUUGCUGCCGAAGACUCGAUGAUGGAUUGCGCGGACAGUGAAAUGGAAAAUUACCAUCAGCCGCCACAGCACGCACGGAAGCGAAAAGAUUACAGCGGGCAGGAGGACAUGAAUGGCAAGCGACGGAAGACUUGGAUGGAACAGCAUCAGCACCAGCAACCAGGUUUCAACCCAGCUCCAAACUGGAGCACGCCGCAAACUCACCGGAUGGAAGUUGCCGAUCAACAACAGAUGGAUCUCCAACCCCAGCAUUUCGUCAAUGGGUUCUGUCCGCCAACUAACGGCACAUUCAGCAACGGCUUUUACCACCAGCCGUCGGCACAACCAACGCCAGUACUACAGCAGAAAAAUCAGCUGGAUGCCAAUAAUAAUUAUUUCCGGUGGAAUUUGGACCGACCGAGCGAGCCUGAUGUACGGGAAAAACGUCCCUCUGGCAACAACGGCCAAGAAUUGCACGAUUUGUUUAUAAGCUUACAUGGUUCCGGUUGUUUUCUGAUGGAAUGACACUGACGCGAGGCUUUUUUCCUUUUAGUUCGUAGGACCUUUGGGAAACUGUAGUUUCGAAUGUGUUUAACUAAUACUUUUAGCUCAUUUAUCUCACCAACGAACCACCUUUUCUAGUACAUAGGCAACACUUAAAGCAGUGACCUUUCUAGGCUAUAAGAUAUCGCCGUUUAACGUUCAAAUACCCGACGCAAUGAAUUGACAAAUUUUAGUUUUAGGUUUUUCUUUCAUCCCACUACAAUAAUAGGAUUAGGAGACUUUAAUGAUAAUAGGCAAUCUAGUGAAAUGUAGCUAUGUUUAACAGAGUAAACUAUUUUUUUAAUAUAAAAAAUCAGUACUAACAUACCAUAUCGCUGAGUUAGUGGACUGUUCGAUACACGAGAGAAUAAAAAGUUCAAACGAG